AUGGUCAGCAUAAACAAGGCAGAUAUCGUUGAGCCCGCCGACGAAAUCGACCCUCCCAUGGAUCCCAGUCAUGCUCUUGCAGUGGACAAUUGCGUCGACGCGAAUCCGCCAAUGGAAAAAUCAAUUUCUCCUUCGCGGGUACCAAAGAGAAGUUUCCAACCGCCCACAAACAAGAGACAGGGGGCAGAGGCAGAGGAAAUUGAAAACCUCCAUGUUCAGAUCAGACCUCUCAAAUGUAAGUUGAACAAGGUACCGUAUUAUCGUUCUAUACGCGAUGAAAGGCAGCAGGUUGAGGUCUACCGCCGGCUCUCCCGGUACUACACCCAAGCCCAUGAGUUACCCUCGCCCGGAGAGGAACCAGAUAAUGCGCAACUGGGCAAGGAACUCGAGCGUUGUCUGGAUGCUUAUGAAAUAAAUUUCCUCCAGCGCGCCAAAGACAAUGCUGAAUGGUACUUCCAUCCUGAACAAUGCAAGCUUGCCGGCUUGGAAGACUACCAGCGGCUAGUGCUUCGUGAUCAUGGUAUGUAUGGAGAUUUGAAGCAAUACCGCCUGUAUUAUCAUACCUACCAGGGAGAUGUAGAGUAUGUCCAGUUCCGUGAGCAGAUGGCGGAGCAAAUUAAGUGGAUUGACAACGAAGCAGCACUCUUCGGCGAUCAGGAGCAUCUAUAUAGCCUUCGGUUUGACUUUAACCACCGGAAGGACUUGGAUGGUGUCUAUCUUGAGAUAUGGAAACGGGUUGCUAGGAAUAAGAUGAAUUUCGGUGAUGCUUUGAAGCAACUGUAUGAAGAGAACAUUUUCCCGUUCCGCAGACCUGACAUCAAAUUAGCACUCGAUAGCUAUCCAGGCCCCAGUUGGAUAAACUCUAGUUAUGAUACUUACGUGGCUGGCAUUGAUGAGGGGUUCUCGGAAGACGAAGCUCAUCCCUUGAUCAUAGAGGCCGUUGAGAAAAUGGUUGAGAAACGGAAGAACUAUUUGGAUUACACCAGAAAGAAAUUGGAAAUCGCAGCACGUAUUGGUUUGAAAACGAGCAGCUUAGAGGUCACUGCACAAGGCGGGGAAAACCAUGGUGAUGGGAAGGCUGCAAUAGGCACACACUUUGGAGCAGAUGUAUUCGUCUUUCCGCCGGUGAGUGCCAGAGUCCAAUUCACCUUGGCUCCUCUGGAGCAGAUUGACACUGCUAUAUUGCUAUGUUGCUAUGUUAUCACAAUAAUUCAUUUCCAAUAUGGCGAUCUUAUCACCAAGUACAGCAAACACCAUUGA